CAACCUUGAAUUUGAUUCACACUUUGUACUAAAAGUAAUAAUACUAAUUAUUACUACUAAUCAAGGAAGCCAUGUGUGGUCUUUGCAAGGAGAGCAACAAGGAGUAAUGGGUCAUCAUUAAAUUCACCCACACCUUCCCUACAGUGAGAUCAAUAAAGGCCACACCACACCUCCACCAUCUCAUCUAUCCCUUGUCACUCUUUCAAUGAAAUUACUACUUCCACUUUGAUUUACUGCAAUUAUCUCUCUUAUUUCCUCCAUUUGCAUUGGGACCAAAAACAAGUGCCCCUUCCCAGAAAAACUAGUCCUAAAAAUCUUCCUUAAUUGCUGCCCUCCAGAUGUCAGAAAUUUUUUUGGGCCUUGCAUUCAAUGCCUUUUGAAUUAAAUUCUGCAGCGUUUGAGGUGAGGUGCUGAAAAGAAUAGGACAACCCUUUUAAUAAUUUGAUUAAUUUCUACACAUGGAAAAACUAUGUCAUGCCUAAAACUUUACCACUAUAAUAAGUUCUUUCCAGUUUUUUGAUAUUUUCUACAAGAAAUUUCUUGGGCCACUUGGCAGUUUUACAAACUAGCAGCAAAGCUCUUAUCUUUUUGUUCUUUUAUGUUAUUUUUUUUUAACCAUGAAAUUAAUAUUAGUCAAGCAGGAAGAAAGUAGGACCCUUUGAGGCCUUGACUGUCUAUAUAACCAGAGGUCUGCAUAGUUCUUUUCCCAGUUUCGUUGAACUUCUGUUUUGAAGAGACUGUCUCACAAAAAGGCUCUCUCUUCCUUUCGGGAUUUCUCUUCCUUUUGGAAUCAUCCUCAAAGAGGUGGAAGAAAAGAUGAGUUAUUUGGGAGUAGGAGUGAGUCCUGGAAAUGUGCCAGUUUAUCAUGGGAGCUACUUGAAAGUAGUGGACAGGAGAGUGAGGAUUGCUGAAUUGGUUUUGAGAUGUGUAAUUGUUGGGCUGGCUGUGUUGGCUGCUGUUUUAAUUGGGACAGAUACUCAGGUCAAAGAAAUCUUCACCAUCAAGAAGGAAGCUAAGUUCACAGAGAUGAAAGCCCUUUUAUUUCUGGUAGUGGCCAAUGGGAUAACUGCUGCAUACUCGUUGGCGCAAGUCUUGAGGUGUAUUGCGAGUAUGAUUAGAGGGAGUAUUCUGUUCAACAAGUCCCUUGCUUGGGCUAUCUUCUCUGGAGAUCAAGUAUGCAUCUUUUUCUUCUUUUCCUUUCCCCAUCUUUUCAGCUCAAUUUGUUGUGUUGCAAUACGAACUGGGAUUCUCUGUUUUACUUUCGCCUGAUUUUUGGUGGUUUAAGCAUGCAAUUCUGAUUGGUGGCCAUCCAAAUAAUUAUUUUCUACUUAGUUAAGAUGUCAUCACAACAGUACUAAUGCAACCAAAUUAGCUGACUGUGUAUGAAUCUAUCUAUGUGUAGGCGUGCGUGUUUUAAUUUUUACAUCUUUUUACAAUGUUUUUUUUUUUUUUUUUGGUGUAUGAAGUGAUGAAGCUGGCACCAUGAUAUCAAUUAUUUACACCAACCCCUUUCUGUGAAUCAUAACUCUUGAAAGCGACCCUUUUCAAAAGAGAUUGUAAAUUUGUUUAUAUUAAUAUUAACCCUGAAUAUGGAAAACGAAUUUCACAGCCCUCUGUAAAUCAAAUCAAUUACUAUGAUUUUAACAGCGGCUCUGCACCCCCGUAAUUUGCCUUAGCUCUGUGUCAGGAGAAUUCACACUUUUAAGUUUUGACCCUCAAGAAAGAAAGAGAAGAUUGUGUUUACAAUUAUGAUCAAAACUGAAUCUUUUGUUUUAAUUUUCU